ACAUUAAUAAUGUUACGAUUAUUAGGAAUACGAUUUAUAUUUAAGAUAAAUAAAUUAUUUUUAAACAAAAACGAAACUAAAGAAAUUCAAUAUAUUCAAAAUAAUUUUUUAUGGCAUCAAAAGAUCAAUUUUAAUUUAAAUAAUAUGAAUGACUUAGAAGAAAAAACCGAUAAAAAGAAACAAAAGAUUCCAAGAAUUCCUAAAAUUACACUUAUACAUCCAAAUAAAUCUGUAACUGUUACUCUAUUAGAAGAUGCAGAAAAAUUAGCUAAUCGCCGAAAUCUCCAAUUAGUACAUGAUGGGAUAAUAGAAAAUGUAAAAAGCAAAGUGCAGGGAAUUAUUUCAGAACAAAAAAUAAAAAAAGGUAAUACUAUACUUAUAUAUUCUCCAUUAGAAGAUGAGAAUAAUUCUUCAAAGAAUAAUAGUAUUUGA